UGCAAUCAGAUGUAAGGGUCGUCCUAAGAUAAGCCUUAUCAUGCCAUCAGAUUCAAUGUCUUGCUGGGAGUUGAACAGAGCGAACCGCAAACGCAUGACACAACAAUACACCAGCUUCAGCAGUCAUGCUUCAUUACAUCUUUGUCGUCGCAUUGCUCUCAAUGGCUCUGGGAGCCCCAGAUCCUACCAAAGUCUGCUCGCCCGAUCAGACUCAGAUGUCAUCAUUCAACAUACAAACAAGUGUAUGUGUACAAUUUAAUGAUCUUUGUCCAUAUUUAUAUAUUAACAGCAUUUUGCCGUAUUUUCACGCAUAGAGUAAUGUACUAAUUUGAAGAAAAAAAGUUCAAUUUAGGACAGGAAUAAAUAUAAUUAGUUGAAUUAUUUGUUUCAAAGAAAUAACGGUAUUUAACUGUGAUUAAUUUUAUACUACUGACACAGCUCAUAUCUUAUAUGGAAUCAUCUUUGUUUUGGCAUGUGCUUCCAGGUAACAAUGGAAAUAAUUAAUGAUUUUAAACAAAAAAUGAGGCUAACCACUUCACCCACUGGGUCACGUAUAGAAGAUAUGGACAAGGUAAGGAAUGUGGCUUGAUCUGUUACUCAAUUGCUUCCCUCGUACGUUAAGCACGUCACAAUUAGCAAAACCUAAUGACAUUGUUUCAAGGGGUCAACAAAACCUAAUGACAUUGUUUCAAGGGGUCAACAAAACCUAAUGACAUUGUUUCAAGGGGUCAACAAAACCUAAUGACAUUGUUUCAAGGGGUCAACAAAACCUAAUGACAUUGUUUCAAGGGGUCAACAAAACCUAAUGACAUUGUUUCAAGGGGUCAACAAAACUUAAAUGACAUUGUUUCAAGGGGUCAACAAAAUCUAAUGACAUUGUUUCAAGGGGUCAAGAUGAAUAUUUUUUAAACAUGUUAUUUCCCAAGAAGGAAUUCGCUAUACGUGUGUAUCUAACAUGAAUUCUAGUGAACAGUUUGACUUAGUUUAAGCAAUUCAUCGAUCCCACAUUCUGUGUCGCAUCAAAUCCAUUAUAGAAUAGUUUAAUCUGUUUCGGAAAGGGAAGACUUAUUGGACGUUUCAUUUUAAUUCAUGUGAUUACGUUGGCUGAUUUCUGAUAUAUUUCAAUUGAUACAUUACAUGUUUAUAACUUCUGACAUAUUUCAGCUGAAACAUUACAUCUUUGACUCCAAUGGCAAUUGUCGAUCAGAUUCUCUCCCUCCAUCGGCAUUUUCCCCCCAGUGUUUGCCAGGUAAGCGAUAAUAACUUUUCAAAUACUUACUGGCUUUUCUCUCACUCCCUGUGGGUGGGGGUGUUAACGCCAUAGAAAUCUACAGUGGACGAUGGUAGACCUCUGAUGGGCUUUUAAAAUAUAUAUAUAUAUAUAUAUAUAUAUAUAUAUAUAUAUAUAUAUAUAUAUAUAUAUAUAUAUGCAUAUGUAAGGUGUUAAUUCCAUUUGUUCCAAAAGGGGAAAUUAUCAUAACCAAUAGAAUUAAAAUAUCGCUAAAAUUAGAAUAUAUAUAUAUAGUGUAUAAUAGUAGAAAUUUUAUUGUUAUUUUAAAUAUAUAUAUAUAUAUAUAUAUAUAUAUAUAUAUAUAUAUAUAUAUAUAUAUAUAUAUAUAUGCAUAUGUAAGGUGUUAAUUCCAUUUGUUCCAAAAGGGGAAAUUAUCAUAACCAUUAGAAUUAAAAUAUCGCUAAAAUUAGAAGAUACAAACUGAGAAAUCAAAUAACUAAAUUAAAUGAACUAGAAGAAUGUGCGACUCGUCAUACUUAGGUCAAAAUAGUUUGAAAUAUUAAUUUUUCAAAGGCACAAAAACAAAAAAAAAAUUACCUGCGCGAGGUUGCAACCAUGACAGCGCACUUAUGGCGGGGGCAGAGGCGUAGUUAGAGUGUUUGGCGCCCGGGGACAAGAUUCAUUUUAAAGAGCCCCCACUUUCUAUUUUCAAUUCUAAAACCCUUUAUUUUCGUCAAUAAAAUAAUAUCAAAGCACAUUUUGGCGCCCCAAACUAGUCUUGACGCCCAGGGACAUCUGUCCCCCCUGCCCUCCCCCAUACUUAGCUGCGCGUCUGCGGAGCGGAGACAGCAUCUAAAAAUAGUAGCGUGCUUCAACUGGGUUCUUUCAUAAAGUAAUUGAGAUAUGAUUUUUAAAGAGAAUGGGAGUUUAUAGCGAACAGAUGCUAGACUACAAUCCUCGAGCCCAGGCCUGCACAACUCAAAAUGUAAGGCGGGCCAUGAUAUUUUAUGAAAAACUUGUGUGGGCAGAAAUCAGAAAGAAAAUAAGGACAAGGUGGAAAGCUAUUGAGAAAAUAAUAAUAAUGAAUAUUUUAUUAAUUACGAAAUAAAUUUAAUGUGACACAUUGCAUCGUUUUUCGGUAACAAGUUUGUCGUAUUCGGGAGUUAUAUUGGAAGUGGCUGUUCUCAGGAUGUCUUCCAAAUGAUCGUCACUAAAAAAUGAGCGUUGCUUGCAUUAAUUAAUCUUCAUUAUUGAAAAUGUCUGUGCACAUAUUAUUAUAUAAGUGGUUCCAAAUCCCGCCCCCAAAGUUUUCGCGGGCCACAACGUGAGUACUGGCCGGCCGCAUGCGGCCCGUAUGUUGUGCAGGCCUGCUCUAGCCUCUUGAUAUAUAUUUAAGAAGAAGAUUAACGUGUACAGGAUAAAGAGAUAUACGCCAAAACUACCAGCAAACAAGUACCACCAACAUACAAAAAAACUACAAGCAAACAUCUAUGUGUCACCAACAUACGCUAAUACUACCAACAAACAUCUAUAACCAUGUGCACCAACAUACGCCUAUACUACCAGCAAACAUCUAUAUACCACCAAAUAAUGCCAAUACUACCAGCAAACAUCUAUGGGUCACCGACAUUUUUUUUUUACUUCAAUGUAGUUUUCUAGAAAAUGUUUCAUUUAAUUCCUUUUCAUAAAAAAUACUAAACAAACCCAUGAAUACUAUUGGUUAUACUUUUCAGACAAUUCUGUUUACAUCGGAGAAACUUUCGUUGGUUUCGGACCUAACCGUCUCCCUGUAGAGAUCUGGGAGACGCCUGCGUCUGAUGGUGGAACUGUCAAAAUGUUCCUUGGCAACCAGCCUGGGCAACCCAGUGAAGCAAUCUUGGAUUCGUUUAUUAGGGGUUAGUUUCAUAAUUUUAUGCAUUUUUUUUUUUGGUCUUAAUUAUUAUUAUGAAUUCCGAAUGUUUCCAAAUAAAUAUGUCAUGAAAAAUUCGACAUAAAAAAAAUACAUGUCUCUAACACGUUUUAAAACAGUUGACAUACAAAUUAUAUUAUAAAUUCCUUUGGAUUUACAGCGCUCUCUGUCUCCCCCCUUCUCUCUUUCUCUCUCUCUCUCUCUUUCUCUCUCUCUCUCUCUUUCUCUCUCUCUCUUUCUCUCUCUCUCUCUCUUUCUCUCUCUCUCUCUCUUUCUCUCUCUCGAUGUUAUAAAUGGUACACAAAUGUACAUUGUACGUUUAGUUGUUUACUCAAAAUAAAAAUCCACUUUUAUUCCUUGACAAUCUUUCUCUCCAGAUGGAGUAGCUAUAUUCAGCAACUUCUAUUUUAACCAAAGUGUGACCAUCACAUCACCUGACCCGUUCAAGAUCCCUGACCCCUGUCCACCUACAAGUCACGGUUGAACGCUUCGCUACAGAAGUUACAAUUUAAUCCCCUGUUUCAAGUUUAUUUUUAAAAAAAUGAAAGCUUCAUAUUUUUAUGGCGUCUGACUGACUUUAAGUUUGCAUGUUCAAUAAACUUUUUUCCACGUUCAUUUUCAU